AUGGGGGAGAAUUUAAAAAACAACACAUUUAAGGAAGAUUUCUAUAUCUUGGCAUUUACGGAAUAUGCUUCGCUAAAGGCUGUUGUAUUCCUUGUUGUGUUAAUAAUCUAUCUUGUAUCAGUCCUUGGCAACCUCAUUAUCAUUACACUGGUGGGUCUGGUGCCCCAACUACAGAAGCCUAUGUACUUUUUCCUGUGUAACUUGUCUGUGCUAGAUAUUAUGUAUGUCUCUUCCAUCCUGCCUAAGCUGCUGAGCAUUACAUUAUCUGGAGACACCAUUAUAUCCUUCCUUGGAUGUUUUAUCCAGAUGUCAGUAUUUGCCCUUUGUAUUGAUACCAAUUUUCUCCUCCUGACUGCCAUGGCAUAUGAUCGCUAUGUGGCUAUCUGCAAAGCCUUGCAUUAUUUUAUCAUCAUGAACAGGAGGACCUGCAUUCUACUGAUUGUUACCUCCUGGCUCUUGGGGGCCCUGAACGCACUAAUGUGGUCUAUUCUAGUGUCUAAGCUGGAUUUCUGUAGUUCCCACGUAGUUAAUCACUUCUUCUGUGAUCUUAAAGCCAUGCUGCAGCUCUCCUGUAGUGAUACUACAAGCCUCGAGACCAUAAUAUCAUCUGAAGGGGUCCUCUGGGGUAUGCUGUCCUUUACUCUGAUUUUAACAUCCUAUGGGUAUAUUAUAUCUACCAUCAUGAAGAUCCACACAACACUUGGUAGACUGAAGACCUUCUCCAGCUGCUCCUCACAUAUCACUGUUGUUAUAAUAUUUUGCUUCACGGUUCUUAUUUUAUAUAUGAAACCUCAGUCUGAGGACUCAAUGGAACAAGAUAAGGUCAUAUCUCUGCUGUAUAUUGCUUUUGUUCCUAUGCUUAACCCUCUUGUGUACAGCUUAAGGAACAAAGAGGUACUAAAAGCUAUCAAAAAACAAGUUAUGAGA